CCGCAACAUCUGCCAUUCCACAGCCCUACGCUUUCGCUUUUACGGGUGACAUCCUCCGGCGGAUUUUCCGGGGAUUUCAGCCGCCUUCUAAUACUAGUACAUCUCUAUAUAACCCUCCUUCGGGAUUCUUCCUCAGGACUCCACAUUUCCCCAAUUGUUACUGACGCCAAGGUGGACUCUGUUUUUCGCUUUGAUCGGAUCGGGAAGGGGCAGCGGGAUGGGCGUCGAUUACUAUAACAUUCUCAAAGUUCCCAAGGACGCCACCGAUGAGGAUUUGAAGAGAUCCUACAAGCGCCUCGCGAUGAAGUGGCAUCCGGAUAAGAACGGCGAGAACGAGAAGGAGGCAGAGGCCAAGUUCAAGCAGAUAUCCGAGGCGUACGACGUGCUCAGCAACGCGCAGAAGAGGCGGAUCUAUGAUUUGUAUGGCGAGGAGGCUUUGAAGGCCGGCCAGUUCGAUCCGGCGUCGCCCACUUUUGCUGCUGCCGCUGGAGGCGGCGCGCAAGGGUUUAAGUAUAAUCCCCGCGAUGCCGAUGAUAUAUUCGCCGAGUUCUUCGGCGUUCCGCAGGGAGGGUACAGAGGGAGUCCUAUUGAUCCCGGUAGGGAGAGGGGAACGCCGCGGAAGGCGGCGCCGGUGGAGAACAAGCUCCCGUGUAGCUUGGAGGAGCUGUACAAAGGGUCGAAGAGGAAAAUGCAGAUUUCAAGGAUUGUUCUUGAUGACUCCGGUAAGCCUGUGACAGUUGAGGAGCUAUUGGCAAUACAUAUAAAACCUGGUUGGAAGAAAGGAACGAAAAUCACUUUCCCUGAGAAAGGGAACUAUGAGCCCGGUUGUGCCCCUGGAGAUCUUGUUUUCGUUGUGGAGGAAAAACCACAUGCUGUCUUCAAGAGGGAUGGCAAUGAUCUCAUCGCCCAUCACCGAAUUUCCUUACUGGAUGCUCUCACAGGGAGUAGCAUCAGCUUGACAACAUUGGACGGAAGAGUUUUAACAAUACCAAUAACCGACAUCAUCAAGCCAGGUCAUGAGCAAGUUAUUCCCAAUGAAGGAAUGCCAAUAUCAAAAGAACCGGGUAACAAAGGGAACUUAAAGGUGAAGUUUGAGAUCAAAUUCCCUUCCAGGCUGAGACCGGAUCAGAAAUCCGAAUUGAGGAGGGUGCUGGGCUAGACUGACUAAAUAAUAAUCAAAGGUAGGGGGAAAGCAUUAAUGUUUAUCAUGUAAAUAAAUAUCUGCCAUUUUACUCUAGCGAGGAUAAUUGUGCAUACUAGGAACAUAGUCUCAAGGUGGUAUUCCUUUUAAGUAUGUAUGUGUAUAUAGAGAGCUUCCUACUCUUUGCUGCCACUACUCGAUCAUCCUCAUGGUUGUCAAAACCUCUAAAUUUUUAAGUAGAGUGUUUUAUUUUGGGGAGAUUGUAUUUCGCCAAGUGUGAACGUUUUGUUAAACAGACCUUAUUCUAAUAAGAUUCAUUUGGCUUUUUGGCAAAAGCAUGGAUAGAAAAUGCUGGAUGCAUUGAUUCAAAUUAUGUAAGAAAAUA